GGAAGAGGACGUUUUCACCAGUUGCAGAUGUAAUCUCGAGAACUCCUGGGUCUGUUGGUUUGUUUGACAAACAAAGUCUUUUCUUCUUUGGCUGAGACACUGAAGAGGCUUCUCGAUUUUUCUGCAAUUCCGCCACAAGCUGGCAGUUACCCGGUAACCUUCCGAAGGAGCUGGCGACGGAAUGAGCCCUUCUGGGCGGAGGAUGGGCGAAGGGCGACAGCACCAGGGGGCUCCCGCUGGGAAGCGCCUCCUGCUCCCCGAGAGGAGAGGGUUACCCCGCGGGCUGCCGCCGCGCUCCCUGCUUCGGCUCUUCAUUCAUGCGUGGCUGUGGCUGGCCUCGGUUUCGUCUGCCCAGGUGUCCAACCUCAGCCUUUCCGUGGACGAAGGGCUCCCCCCGGACACUCUAGUCGGCGACAUCCGCGCCGGGCUUGCGGCCGCGCAGCAGCAGGAGGGGGGCGGCUUCUUUCUGUCCGAGGACUCCGACGACUCCCCGUUGCUGGACGACUUCCACGUGCACCCGGACACCGGCAUCAUACGCACCGCGCGGAUCCUGGACCGCGAACGGCGGGACCACUACAGUUUCGUGGCGGCCACGCUGCUGGGCGCCGUCGUGCAGGUGGAGAUCCGUGUCAACGACGUGAACGACCACUCUCCCCGUUUUCCCCGCGACUUCCUGCAGCUCGACGUCUCAGAGCUCAGCCCGCCAGGUACCGCCUUCCGCCUGCCAGGUGCCCAGGACCCCGACGCCGGGCUGUUCAGCAUACAGGGCUACACGCUGUUGCCAACGUCCGACCUCCCAGAGGACAUCGCUGGACCUUUUUUCCAGCUGCGUUACGGAACCCUGGGGCCACUGCCACCGCCUCUGCCCGAUUCUUCAUCACCCCUGGAGCCCCUGUACCUGGUGCUGUUGCGGCGCUUGGACCGAGAGACGGCAGCGGCGCACGAGCUGCAGAUAGAGGCGUGGGACGGCGGCAUCCCACGGCGCACCGGCCGCUUGCGAGUGGAGCUCCGCGUACUGGAUGAGAAUGACAACCCGCCGAUCUUUGAACAGGCCGAAUACCGCGCUGUCGUGCGCGAGGACGUCCUGCCGGGCGCUGAGGUCUGCCGCGUGCGCGCCACUGACCGAGACCUGGGGCGCAAUGGCCAUGUGCGCUACAGCCUGCGCGCCCGGCAGGCUCCGGGGACGGAGAGCGACAGCGGGCCCCUGGGAGACGCGGCCUACUUCUCGGUAGAGGAGCUGAGCGGCGUGGUGCGGGUGCAGAGGCCGCUGGAUCGCGAGGCUCAGGCCUGGCACCAACUGGUGGUAGAGGCCCGCGAUGGUGGUGCCGAGCCCGAGGUCGCCACCGUGCGGGUGUCCAUCGCCGUGCUGGACGUGAAUGACAACCCACCCGCCAUUCACCUGCUCUUCCUUACCGAGGGCGGCGGCUCCCGUGUCUCCGAGGGCGCCCGGCCAGGCGACUACGUGGCUCGCAUUUCGGUGUCUGACGCGGACGGCAACCCUAAGGAGGAAGAGGAGGCCACGGGGGAGCUUGGCGUGGGUCUCGGAGGCGGGGACAUCUCCCUUUCCUUAGAGGGCGGAGAGGGAGCUUUUGCGUUGCGGUCCGGCGGCCCUCCAGGGAUAUUUUUCCUUUGUGUAGAGGGACCCCUGGACAGGGAGAGCCGUGACCUGUAUGAAUUACGACUGGUGGCCACGGACGCGGGGUCACCGCCGCUGAGCACCGAGGAGAUACUACUGCUCUGGGUCACCGACCUUAACGACCAGCCACCAGUCUUCAGCCAGGAGCACUACCGAGCCUCAGUGUCCGAGGCCGCAGCCCCUGGCACCGCGGUCGUGUGGGUCAGUGCCUCCGAUGCAGACGAAGCUGGCACCGACCACGCGAGGCUGCGCUAUGCGCUGGUCCAACCCCCGGCUCGCUGCAGCCCAGAGGCUCCGUCGCCCACGGUGGAGUGUGGACCGUCCUUCACCAUCGAUCCUGAAAGUGGCAUGAUCAGCACCAUCCGGACUCUAGACCGAGAGGUCCAGGAGGCAGUGGAGCUGAGUGUGGUGGCCCAGGACCUCGGGGAACCCCCGCUCUCUGCCACCUGCCAGGUGAGCAUCACCGUGGAUGACGUGAAUGACAACGAGCCCAUCUUCUGGAGGCAGGUAUACAAUGCCACUCUUGAGGAACAUGCCCCAAUUGGACACUGUUUUCUGCAGGUAAAAGCCUCUGAUGCGGAUGCAGGACUCUAUGGCUUUGUUGAAUAUGCUCUUUAUGAUGGGUUCCAAAGCUACGAAGCACCUCGAGCGUUCCAGAUCGACCCACAUGAUGGACGCAUCUGUGUUUCUCAAGACAUCGACAGGGAAAGGGAUCUGGCCACCUACGAUCUCUUGGUGAAAGCUAAGGAUGGAGGCGGGCUAAGCGCCCAGGCUUUUGUUCGUGUGCAACUGGUGGACGUGAAUGAUAAUCAACCUGUUUUUAACCCGUCAACUUACGUGACAAGCAUCAGUGGUCAGACCCAGCCAGGCACCGAGGUCCUCAGUGUUCGUGCCACUGACAGGGAUUCGGGAGCAUAUGGAACAGUGGCUUAUGAGCUCAUUCCCGGAGACCUGUCGUCCCUUUUUACCAUUGACUCUACCACAGGAAUUAUUUACUUAACGUCAACCCUUAGCCAUUUGGGAUCCAUUACACUUUUGUUGAUGGUCUGUGCUCGAGAUGGUGGCGGGCUCACGUCUGUCAUUAAUGCUGACGUCACUGUACACGUUCUUCAGACCGCUCUGGCACCUGCUGGGUUUGAAAGGUCUAAGUAUACUUUCUCAGUGUAUGAGAACUUGCCAGAAGACAGCCCUAUCGGAACCGUGAAAGCACGAGGGCCCUUGAAUUCCUCUGAGCCAAUCUUUUACAAAAUCUCCUCUGGCAACCUGGAUGGAAAGUUCUCUCUUCACCCCUGGCUGGGCACCCUUCGUACCCAGAAGCCCCUGGAUCAUGAGACGCAGCCCGUGGUGGUGCUCACAGUCCAGGCACAGCUUGGCAACUCCCCAGCCUUCAGCAGCACAGAAGUUAACAUAACUGUAAUAGAUGUCAAUGAUAACCACCCUGUCUUUCCCACAGCCUCUGACGAGAUUAAAAUAUUCCAGAGCACACCGCCUGGCACAGCCCUCUACCUUGCACGUGCAGAAGACAAAGACAGUGGGCUGAAUGGGUUUAUCCGAUACUCCAUCGCCAGCCAGGAUCCAGGCGUCUUCACCAUUGACCCCCGCCUUGGCGUGGUGUUCCUCAGUGAGGGCCUGGGAGGGUAUGAGCCACAGAGAUGCACACUAACUCUCAUGGCCAAGGACCUAGGCGUUCCUCCUCGGGCGUCCCUGUUAGUGCUGACAGUAGUUACCGAAAAGCGAGAAUCAAGCGCAUCCUUGGUUUUUGAGAAUUUGGUCUAUCAAGUAGAAAUUAGCGAGUCUCUCUCCCUGACCACCCAAAUACUGCAGGUUCAUGCCUACUCAUUGGACACACAGCCCCACACUCCGAAGCUUGUGUACUCGCUGGAACCCAACGUGCAUUCUGCCGUGUUUGGCAUCCGCCCUGACACAGGUUGGAUUUAUUUACGGCGACAGCUCGACUAUGAAUCUACACAGACAUAUAAUUUUAGAGCAUUUGCCUGGGUCCCAGAGGACAGAUUGUUGCAAACUGUGAGCACUUCAGUAAUUGUUCAUGUCUUGGAUGAGAAUGACAAUUCCCCUACAUUCCUGAAUGACUCAUUCUUUUUGAAAGUCGAGGAGAGCCCUGCUCCCCAAGGGGCAAUAGGCAAAAUUACAGCAAUUGACAGAGACUCUGGAAAGAAUGGACAGCUAUCAUAUUUCCUUCUGUCUGAUGGAAAAUUCUUCAAGAUGAAUCCUACUACAGGUGAACUUGUAAGCUGGGUGGCAUUGGAUCGCGAGCAUCGAGGGCACCAUCAGAUGACCGUCCUGGUGACGGACCACGGCUCCCCACCGCGCAGUGCCUCCACGGUGGUUUACAUCUCAGUCACUGACAGCAACGAUAACAGGCCCUAUUUCCCUCAGUGCCCCCCUGGAAAGGAAUUACACAUCAAGGUUCUGGAAGGUCAACCAGUAAAUAUGUUGGUUACAACUGUGUUUGCAAAGGAUCUUGAUGAGGGAAACAAUGGAGAAGUUAUAUAUUCAGCAUCUUCAGAAGAUAGUUAUGAUCACUUUAAGAUUGAUGCCAAUAGUGGUGAAAUAAGAACAACCACGAUGCUUUCCUACAAUUAUAGACCUUCCUACAGGAUGACUGUAAUUGCCAGUGACCAGGGGGUGCCUCCUCUCCAAGGACAGGCAGUUAUUAAUAUUCAGGUCAUACCACUAUCCAAGGAGAGACCUAUAAUUUCUCAGAAUAUUAGACAUUUAGUUAUACCAGAAAACUUGAAGCCUACAAAACUAAUGAGCUUGAAAAAGUCAUCUGAUCACCAUCAACACCACCAUAGAGGAAAGUUACAUUUCAGUAUUGUUGCAGAUGACAGGGAUGGUCACUUUGACAUCGACAGCUCAACAGGCGACUUGUUCCUUUCUAAGGAACUUGAUUAUGAAACGACAUCUCAUUAUCUUUUCAGAGUGGUUACUAAAGACCAUAGCAGAAAUCCUCCCCUGAAUAGUACAAUCUUCCUUAGUAUCGAUGUGGAGGAUCAGAAUGACCAUUCACCGUCUUUCCAGGAUGAGUUCAUUGUGAUCAGCGUGGAAGAGAAUGUUCCUGUGGGUACUCUGGUGUAUGUCUUCAAUGCCAAAGAUGGCGAUGGCAGUUUUCUGAACCGUAGAAUUCAAUACGUCCUUGAAUCCCACUACCCAGGAAUAAAUCCGUUCCUCAUCCACCCUUCCUUUGGCACAUUAGUCACUGCAUUCCCCCUUGACAGAGAGAGAGUUCCCAGCGUCAUCCUGACAGUAACUGCAUCCGAUCAGGCUGUGAAUGUGACAGACCGGCGAAUGAGAUCCCUGGUGGCGAAGGUGGUGAUUUUAGAUGUGAAUGACCACAGCCCCACUUUUAUGUCUUUUCCCAUCGCCUAUGUCAAAGAGGAUGCCGAGGUGGGCUCCCUAGUGCAUCACAUAACUGCUCAAGAUCCAGAUGAAGGAAGGAACGGAAGAGUAACCUACAGCAUCCUCUCAGGAAAUGAAAACUUAGCCUUUAUGCUGGAUGAGUCGUCAGGUUUUCUUACUACAACUUGUCCUUUGGAUUAUGAAGUCAAACCACAGCACAUUCUGACCCUUCUUGCAUGGGAUGAUGGCACACCAGCACUGUCUUCAUCCCAGACUUUGACAAUCACUGUUCUUGACGUAAACGAUGAGGCACCAGUGUUUAAGCAACACCUGUAUAAAGCUUCAGUUAAAGAAAACCAAAAUCCAAGAGAGUUUGUCACAAAGGUUGAAGCUAUGGAUAGAGAUUCAGGAAUCAAUUCCAAACUUCAGUUUGAAAUCAUGCCAGGUGCUUCCUUCGAGUUGUUUGAGAUAAAUCCUGACACUGGAGAGGUAGUGACAGUUGCCACCCUUGACAGAGAAGUUCAGGAAGUCUUCACCCUUAGAGUACUUGUACGAGAUGGGGGAAUCCCUUCAUUGUCAAGCACCACGACAGUUCUCUGCACUGUGGAAGAUGAAAAUGAUCACGCACCGGAGUUUAUCAGCCCUCGUCAUGACAUUGAAGUUCCAGAAAACCAAGAGCUGGAGGUUGUCUACACUGUUUUGGCCUCUGAUGUGGAUGCUGGCAAUAAUGGAGCUGUCCAAUAUCACAUAAUUGAUGGAAAUACUGAUGAGUACUUUGUUAUUAAUGAAACGUCAGGAGAACUCUCAACCACUCGUGCUUUGGACCGGGAGCAAGUCACUAAUUUCACCCUUGUCAUCCUGUGCUCUGAUCUGGGAGACCCUCCUAGGAGCUCUACAAUGCAGUUGCACAUUAGGGUUUUGGAUGACAACGACCACAGCCCUUCCUUUCCCAUGCUUCAUUACCAGUCCUCAGUGAGAGAAGAUGUUGAAGUGGGGACAGUGGUUCUCGUGCUCUCCGCCGUGGAUGAAGAUGAAGGCCUGAAUGGGCAAACUGAGUAUUUUCUGACCGACGAGCCUUCUGGAGCAUUCACCAUUGAUCCUAUAGCAGGCACUUUGAGAACCGCCCACACCCUCGACCGAGAGGCAAGGUCUCAGCAUACGUUUAAGGCUGUGGCCAAAGACUGUAGUGUCCAGGACUCAAGAAGCACCACAGUAAUUAUAAAAGUGCAUGUCACUGAUGUCAAUGACAAUGAACCAAUUUGGGAGCAGAACCCCCUUGAUAUUUUUCUUUCCCCCCAUUCACCUGCAAACCAGACUGUCGCCACUCUGAGAGCUGAUGACCCAGAUCUGGGGCCCAAUGGAGCUGUUACUUUUAGUUUUGCAGAAACCCAGUCAGUGUUUUCUAUUGAUAAAUAUACAGGAGAAAUUCAACUUCAGCAAAACCCAUCUUCAGAAUAUUUUCCUAUCUGGCUGCAGUUAAAAGUUAUGGACCAAGGGGUCCCAAUGAGGACAACCAGUGGUCUCCUGGUCAUUCAUAUGGAAGGGGAAGAUGUGAAGAUUUCCUUCAGCCACCAUCUGUAUGAAGAGGCUGUGACUGAAAACUGUGAUGCAGGUACAUCUGUUGUGACUGUAAAAGCUUUUCUUCUUGACUCAAUUGGGGACAGCAUUAAAUAUUCGAUUUUUAGUGGAAAUGAUGAUGGAGUUUUUUCCCUCUGCUCCAAAUCAGGAGAACUCACUGUGAAAGAACCCACGUUUCUCGAUUUCGAAGUCAGAAAUGAAAUACAACUCAUCAUUUUAGCUGAAAGUGGCAGGCAUAGAGCCUACUGCAAAAUAAGGGUCCUGAUACAGGAUGUGAAUGAUAAUGUACCACGUUUUGAGCAAAGUAUUUACCAAUCAUCAGUGUCUGAAGGCCAAUUCUACGGUGCUCACGUCAUACAGGUAAGAGGAAUAUGACCGGACAGUGGGUUGAGUGGCCACGUCGAGUAUUCCAUUCUUUCUGGCAACCAAGGAGAAGCAUUUCAGAUUGAUGCAAUGAUGGUGGUGAUAACAACGAGUGCAAUUCUGGAUUACGAGCUCAUCAGCUCCUACAGCUUGAUUGUACAAGCCACUGAUAAAGGGAUGCCCAGGCUUUCUGGUACAAGUGUGAUCAAGAUACAGGUGACUGAUAUAAACGACAAUGCCCCAGCCUUUCUCCCCUCCGAAGCUGCAGAAGUUGCAGAAAAUUCUUUGCCUGGUGUAAUUGUGACUCGGGUAUCAGCUUAUGAUGUAGAUUUGAAUCCAGCUUUCGUCUUCAGUUUCACUAAAGAGAGUAACCUUGGGACCAAGUUUGCUAUUGAUCAGAGCACUGGAGUUGUGAUGCUAAUGAAAACACUGGAUUUUGAAGAAGUUGCUGAAUAUGAGUUGCUCAUCCAAAUUUCUGAUUCAGUGCACCACACAGAGGGAGCACUCAUAGUCCAUGUGUUGGACAUCAAUGAUAAUCCACCAGUGUUUUCUCAAGAUUUCUAUCAGGUCACAGUUCCUGAAUCCGUACCUGUAGGGUACUCAGUGCUGACUGUCUCAGCCACAGACUUAGAGAGCAAUGGGAACAUUUCUUACAGAAUCCUUUCCUCUCCUAAGGAAUUCUCAAUUGAUCCUAUGAAUGGCACAAUAUUUACUGUCAAUCCUGUAUUACUUCUGGAUAAAAUACCAACAAUUCGAUUUCUUGUUGAGGCCAGUGAUGGUGGAAUUCCUAAUCUGAGAGCUCUUACAUUGGUGGAGAUAGAAAUAAAAGAUAUGAACAAUUAUGCCCCUGAGUUUACAGUGGAAAACUACAAUUUUACCUUGAGCGAAGAUGCUCUAAUUGGAGGCACUCUUGUCACGUUGUCCGUUAUUGACCAUGACUGGACCCCUGAAAACACACAUGUUGAAUAUUCCAUCAUCAGUGGUAACUUACACAACAAUUUCCAUGUGCAAACUAGUUUCAUUCAUUCAGAAUUUUCUUAUAAGCAAGUUGGUUAUCUUGUGUUGCUUCACAGUUUGGACCGGGAAGCAACUGCCAGCCAUAAGCUCGUCAUUCUAGCCUCUGACCACGGCUGCCCUCCACUGAGUUCCACAGCCAUCAUUUCAAUACAAGUACUUGAUGUCAACGACAAUCCACCAAAAUUCCACAAUCUGGAAUAUCACACCCAUGUCAAGGAAAGCACACCUUUAGGGAGUCACAUCACUGUGGUCUCAGCAGAUGACUGUGACGUGGGUGCAAAUGCAGAAAUCAUCUACCACAUCAUCUCUGGAAAUGAGAGGGGACAUUUUCACUUAGAAGAAAAAACUGGAGUUCUUUAUUUGAUUAAACCUCUGGAUUAUGAAGAAAUGAUAAAAUUCACUCUAACUGUCCGAGCUUCAGAUGAAGAAAAGAAACAUUUUUCUUUUGCAAUUGUGUUUGUCAGUGUCCUGGAUGACAAUGAUCAUGCACCUCAGUUUAUGUUCCCAAGCUUGAACUGUGUUGUUCCUGAAAAUCAGCCUGUUUUCUCUACCAUAUGUUCUGUAAAUGCCUUAGAUUUUGACGCAGGUCCUUAUGGAGAAUUGACAUAUUCUAUUCUAUCAUCCAGCUUUAACACUCACGGAACACUUUGUGAUCAUGAUGUCUUUCUCAUUGACCCCAUAACAGGGGAUAUUCAUGCUAAGCAAAUCCUUGACUAUGAAAAUAAAAAUAAAUACUGCAUCACAGUUCAAGCAAAAGACAAAGGUGACUUAACAGCCUCCUUAAUGGUUUGGGUGGAUAUUGAAGGGAUAGAUGAAUUUGAACCCAUUUUCACUCAAGAUCAAUAUUUUUUCAACCUCCUAGAUAAAAAUAAAGUAAGUCAGGUGAUUGGCAAAGUGGAAGCAUCAGACGCAGAUGCUGGUAUCGAUGGAGUUGUUCUUUACUCCCUCAGAACUUCAUCUCCUUACUUUUCAGUAAAUCAGACCAAUGGAAAUAUCUAUUUGACUGGAGCCCUUCCCCUAAUAAAAAGUCAAGAGAGCAAUGAAGACAUCAUUGAAAUGAAAAUAAUUGCUCACGGUCCCAAACUGGACUCCAAGUUUACGUCUUGCACUGUUUUUGUGAAUGUGUCUUUUUCCACUGAAGGUAAAUAUGCAGCAGUAUCUGCCAACAGCUUUUCACUCAGCCUUAUUGUUUCCUUUUUAGUGUUUCUGUUACUGGUCUUCAUUCUUAUUAUAUUGGUUUUAAGACACAAACAAAAAGACAAUAUAAAGAAGUACGAGGAAAAGAAAACAUCAUCAUCCUUAGAUAUCAAUUCGAGAUUGACCGGGGAUGCCUAUGAGCUCAAGGCCUUCCAGAAAACAAACAAUUGCAGUCAGGAAAUGGUGCCCAUGGACUCCAUGCCCGAAUGGUUGAGUUUAAUAAGUAUCAUGGAGAAGGACAUAGUACAUCUGUACAGGCACUCAAAUUCCAGUGGCCAGUGUUCUGUGGAAGGAGAAACUGCAGAAGAUAAAGAAAUCCAGAGGAUCAACGAGCACCCAUACAGAAAGGACUCGGGGUCAGUGCUAAGCGAGCGAGAGUCCAGGGUGCUGGACUCCGGGGUCCCUCGGGACUCGGACCAGCUCUCCUGCCUAUCUGGGGAAACCGAUGUGGUGGUCCCUGCAGAAACAGCAGACACCAGCCAUACACUGGAGGGAAGAGAUGGAGGAGAAGGCUGUGGUACAACUUAUGCUCAAAAUAGUGUGUCACUCCAGACAUUUCAGAAGAAAGAGGUAAAAGAGGACAUCUUGACUGAUGUCAGAAAAGAUUAUAUAUUUAUUUCAGGUAACCAGGAAGCAGGAUGUAUAGCGCUUUCAACCCAGGUAACCUCUGAUCAUAAUGCGACAGGCAGCUGUCACUGGGAUUAUCUCCUCAGUUGGGAACCCAAGUUUCAUUCUCUUGCCUCGGUAUUUAAUGAUAUUGCAAAACUGAAGGAUGAACAUUUACAUAUGUCUGGCAUCCCAGAGAAGAAAUCUUUUGUUUUUCCACCACCAUUGAUAACAGCAGUGGCUCAGCCUGGAAUUAAAGCAGUUCCGCCAAGAAUGCCGGCCGUAACCCCAGGGCAGGUUCUUCAGAAACACCCCCGCUCCCCCUUUCUCUACCAUCUCAGUUCUCUGCCAGAAGCCAUGACCCCCAGUUUUUCUCCCACCCUUUCCCUGUUGACCAUACAGACUCCUGCCAUGUCUCCACUAUUGUCAGAUGCAGAAUUAUUAGGGACACACAUACGUGGCACAUGCCGUGAGCUAAAAGCAGAAGAUGAAGUUCAAAUAUAAAACGAUUGCAAUGCCAAGUACCUGCACACCAUUGGUGAGGAAUGACUGGACAAGACAUUCUUAAGCAGGCGCCUCCUUCUGGGUUCAUUCUUGUCUAAGAGCGAGUGGUAUGAUUCAGUCAGGGUUUUUAGAACCCCUCAUUGAAGUUUCUCACAUUCUUCCAGCUUCAAUGAGAAGUUACUCCUUCUUUUAACCUUUGUGUUUUGCUCUCAGGACUCAAGUUUGUAUAUAUCAAGUGGUGUAUACUGUCAUACCUGCUUUUCCAACUGAUUAGAUUUACAAAGGGGACAGUGAGCUCUACUGACUGCCAAAAUGUUUACGUGAAAAUAAAUGAAAAUAAAUUAUAGUGGGGUCUUUUCACAUUACUGCCAAUUAGAUUCCUAUAUCUAAAAAAAAAAAAAAAAUCAGUAAAGCUGAAUAAGGAGCAGGUUUAGGAUAGAAAGUAACAGGGGGGAAACUGGAGGAAGAAAUUUAAUUUUUAAUGGUAAAGUGAAGUUCUGUAGAUCCAAUAUAUUGUAAUAUAUUUCUUCACUUUCCCUGUAUAUCACACGUGUGGAAUUUCAUCAUUAUAUUAAUUUUAACGUGGUGUCUUUUGGAAAUCUAAUCAGAAAUUACGAAUGAAAUGUGGCAUAACUCUAUGCCAAUAGGGAGGAAAAAAUAAGAAAAUUAUUCCUCAAUAAAUGAACCAGAAAUGCAUAUUGGUAGAGGACCAUGAUUGAAAAUAGCAAUACCUAAGUGGUUGGCUGCCAAUUAAGAUAUGUUUUCUUGGCCUUCUUAACAAAAAGAGUAAUGAUUUUUUUCAAUACCACGUGUACAGACAUUAAGCUUUGAAGAUUAAUUUAUGGAAAUGCCUCCAUUUUAUUUUCUUCUAGACGGAGUUACUUUUGGUAAGAAAUAAUUUAUGCACUCAAUGUUGGUUAAAGGGUUUGUGUAAAUAAGAUUGUUAUUAGCUAAUUAUAGAUUAAUUUAGCCAUAUAUUUUCAAAUGAAAAUUUUUUAUAUGAAUUUUUCUACUUCAAAAGCUAAGAAUGGAUCUCGGAAGUCUCUUCCAUUUGCUUAUAUUCAUGUUUAGCUUUAACUGUUAUUACAUGGAGCAGUUUGACAACAUGGUUUAAAUGAUUAUGUUGUAUACAGCUACUGUUUGAGAAACAUGGCCGUGUUGUAUAGUGUGCAAAUAUAAUGAUACAUUCUUCUCUCUGAUGAACCUGAAAAUCUAUCAAAAAAAUUUUAAUUAACUUUUAUUUACAAAUACUGUAUACCCAACAAGUUAACCCCCCCACACCCACCCUCCUUCCUCUAUGCCCUGGUAACUUCUACUCUACUUUCUGUCUCUGUGAAUUUGCUAUUUCUAGAUAUGUCUUAUAAGUAAUAUUACACAAUUAUUUUUCCUUGCUCAUUCCACUCAGCAUAAUGUUUUCAAGGUUUAUCCUGUGUUGCAGCAGAUCUCAAAACUUCAUUCCUUCUUACGGCUGAACAAUAUUCCCUUGUAUGUGUAUACCACAUUGUGUCUAUCCAUUCAUUUGUUGAUGGACACCUUUUGGCUAUUGUGAAUAAUCUGGUAUAAACAUUGGUGAACAAGUAUCUUUUUGAGACCUUGUUUUCUCCUUCAUUGGGUAUACGUGUAGGAGUGGAAUUGCCAGGUCAUGUGGUCAUUCAUCAUGUGACUUUUUGAGGAACCGCCAUAUUGUUCUCCAUGGUGGCUGCACCAUUUUACAUUCCCACCAUCACAGAGUCUUCUUCCUUUCAGGAAAGCAGACCGCAUCCCAUUGAGAUGGUCCAGAAGUCCUCCUCACAUGGGAGGCACCAUGACUAGAUUUUGGCAUAACAGUUUUGAAUUCCGAUGUGAAAUCUAGAGCACAUCCCACAUGGUUUUCCUUAAUGGUUAGGGUGGGCUUU